AGAAAGUCUGCAACAGCCUCAACCACCCAGUGUGUGUGUUUGCAGCCUGCAUAGCUUGCUGGCGGACUGUCACCUUCUUCUCCACUUGAAACUUCCAUUACUUUGCAUGAGAUAAGCCUACUUACUAAUCGUUCUCCCGGCCGUGAAAGCGCGUCAGUGUGGCCGUGUUCAGUUUCUAGUACGUUUCUAGUGCGACUUGCGAAGUGAAGAAAUCUUCGGAAGUGGAUUGUAGAAAACUUCACCAUCACGAUGCGAGCGAUUAACCUCGAUACCUAUAGCCUGUCACUGCUCACGGCCAAAGAGGACAUUCUCAACCCCCGCUCAUCAACCAACUGGGCUCUAUUUACCUACGAUGGGGUCACCAACAACCUCAAACUGGCUGACUCUGGAGCGGGUGGAGUGGUGGAGUUGUCAGGGAAGUUCCACAUAGCCAGGCCUUUGUAUGGGCUCUGCAGGGCUGGCUCUGCCGAGACAGGAGGCCCUCGGGUCGCCAUGAUCUGCUGGGUCGGGCCAAACGUGGAUGAAUACCGCAGGACGGAAUGUGCCAGCCAUGUGCCCGCUAUCAAGGCCUUCUUCAAGGAGGCUCAUGUGUUUAUCAGUGCUGAGAGUACUGAGGAUGUCACAGAGGAGAAGAUAGGCACUGAGCUCAGUAAAGUCCGCCCCCAGACAGAGCAUGUCAGAAGAAGCAGUCGGUCCAAGGACAAGGAGGAGACAGUGGGCACUAACUACAGGAAGACUAAUGCUGCCAUGGAGAUGAGACGGGCCAACAGAGACUCCUUCUGGGCACGUGCAGAGCGUGAGGAGGAAGAGAGGAAGGAGGAAGAGCGGAAGCGAGCAGUGGAGGAGAGACGCCGUUGGGAGAAAGAGAGAGUGCUGAAGGAACGGAAAGAGGCUGACGAGAGGGAGAGGAAAAUGAACGAGAAACUACAGAUGAUCGAAGGGCAGAGGAGAAUGCAGGCCCAGCUGGAGGCAGAAGUGAGGAAGCAGGAGAAAUCAAGAUGGGAGCUGCAGCAGAGAGAGCAUGAGGAGGACAUGAGAGCUCGCUUGAGACGCAGCGAGUCCAUCGAGAAAGCAGCAGAGGCAGCAGUGCUGGUAUCACAGCGCUCCAUGAACCCCAGAGAGUUCUUCAGACAGCUAUCAUCCACAUCGUCCCAAAGCCCAUCCAGCCCCGGCUCCCCCCGUACAGGCAAACCUCCAUUAAGGCGGUACCAGCGCAGCCUGACCGACACAGCAUUCAUCUUUGGGAAAUGGGACGGCCCCACUCCGACGUCCCCCCGCAGUCCAACAUUGGUUUCACCCUUCUCCCGUGUCCCCGCCUCCCCCUUCCACCGCACCAUGUCUCCACCCAGCACCAGCUUCCGCCCAAUCACCUCUCCCCAGAGCCCCCGCGCCCCCCUGGUGUCCCCUCCCACAUCACCCCUCCACUCCGCCCCUGCUGUCUCAGCCCGGCCUACCCUCCCAUCACCCAGCCCCCAGCCCUCUGCCCCCCCAGCCUCUCCAGGCCUCCUAGCCACCCUGACCCCCACCAUUCCAGAGAACCAGUACCAGGCUCAGGUUCUGCCACCAUUUCCCCCGAUACCCCUCCCCAGUCCCAGCCUGAGUGCUCCCCCUCUCCACUAGUCUCCCUGGAGCCUGCCCCAGCACCACAGCCUCCAACUGUCCCCCUGCCAGAGAGUCCACUGCAGUCAACAGAGCAGUACACAGCCGUACAAGCCAUACUGGUGGAGGAAGAGGAAGAUGAGGAAGAACAGGCAGAGCCUGAGCCCAGUGUUGGGAAUACAGAGCCAAGCCCAAACAUGGAGGAGGGAGAGGAGGGCUCAGCACCAGAUUCAGACUCUUUAU